UUAUCCAUGGAAGCCAAACAACCCUCAUUUAUAACACUAACCAAAACCAACUAGUGACCACUAGCUUCUCAAUCUUCUUCUACUUGUACAUCCUCCCAAAUUUCUGCAAAUUUUUCAAAACCCACCAAAAAUUUGCAAUCACCCAGUACAGAAAACCAUGAUCUCAACCUCAAUUUCUGAUAGAAUUUUCCAUCUCGCCCCAAUUUUGACGAAUUCUCCUUCUCUCUCCUCUUCAACUAGCAGAGUUACUUCUUCCAUGUUUCUCUCUCAAUCUUCUUCUUCUUAUUCUUCUGUCUUGGUAGCUUCAUUAUCUCCUUCCAAAUUCAAGUUUCUGUCUUGUUCAACUAAUGAUCCCAGAAAUUUGAGCUCUUGUGAUGCUCUUUUCAAGUUUCAACGCCAUAAAUUUGGAAUGACAUUGAUAUUGGGACCAAUAGUAUCAAUGGAAAAGUGUGAAGUUUAUAAGAAAUAUUGUGCUGUGAAAGAUAAUGAAAACUUCAGGGGGUCAUUAAGAGGCGCUAGUGCAUUAUCAUCUGCUACAAUUGCCUGGUUAUUGUCUUCACAAGCGGCAUACUCCAGCACUGACAUUAAGAUAAAUCCAGUUUAUGAGGUCGGAGAGUUGUUUGAAUUGGGGAUUCAAUUGUCAUAUGUGCUUUUGCUAUUGGCUCUGCUUGGAGCUGGGACCUUUUUUGUUAUUCGUCAAGUCCUUGUUCGUCGUGAACUCGACCUUUCUGCUAAAGAAUUACAGGAGCAAGUAAGGAGUGGUGAUGCGAGUGCAGUUGAGCUCUUUGAACUCGGAGCAGUUAUGCUGCGAAGGAAAUAUUACCCAGCUGCCACAAAAUUCUUGCUUCAGGCAAUUGACAAAUGGGAUGGAGAUGACCAGGAUCUUGCUCAGGUUUAUAAUGCAUUGGGUGUGAGUUAUGUGCUUGAUGAAAAGCUUGAAAAGGGUAUAACAAUGUUUGAGAAAGCGGUUAAGGUUCAACCUGGGUAUGUCACUGCUUGGAAUAACCUUGGGGAUGCAUAUGAUAAGAAGAAAGAUCUCAUGUCUGCUCUUAAGGCUUUUGAAGAAGUGCUGCUUUUCGAUCCCAACAAUAAGGUGGCACGCCCUCGAGUGGAGUCAUUGAGGGAACGUGUUAACAUGUAUAAAGGUGUCCCUGUGAAAUCCAAAGAAAGGUGAUAGUGAAAAACUAACUUGAAUUUUGACAUUGUAUGAAUAUGAAAACUAUAGUCUUGGAUCUUGGUUAUGUAUGAGGUCUGUUAAAGUGGUUACUUUGUGCUCCCCUUUGUGAAGCACUAUAGGCGCUUCGCAUCGCGGCGUUGGUAGCAUUACAGCCAUUUUCUGUUCUGGUAAUGUAAGUUAUUUUAGAGGGAAAAAGAAAACCAGAACGCAGUUUUCACUGUGAUUUUUUCCCAGACUUUUUCCCCUUGUCAUCAAUUAUUAUAGUAACUAAAAGUGAUGACAUUUCCCCCUUUAUAAAACCAGUGAUUACUAAUGACAUUUGAAUUCAUGGA